CAUGCAAGUUAUCCAACUUCUACUGGUCAAUCGUGAAUGUACGUCCAGUUCCAUACAGGAAACUGUAUGUAUUAUUACAACUUGAUAUACUUUACCAGUUUAUUCGCAUUUCUUAAUUUGCAAAUCAUACAUACUUUUAUAUCAACAUCUGUGUCAAUACGAAUAGUUUAAUUUUUUUGGUGAAACAAUGAUUUCAAAAUUUGCAAUAAUAGUGUCCUUUAUAAUAUUGAAAGUGAGUAGUGCAACAUUCGAGGAGGAUGUUACUUUGAGUCUUAAACAAAAAAUAUUACUGGAUGAGUUUAAAGAGAGAGUAAUUCCCAGUAUUACAAAGGACUACAUGAAAACGGAGCUUUAUCUCGUGAAAUGGCUCAGGUCGAGUCGCUUUGAUGUUAAUUUGGCUGAGGAAAGGCUCCUCCGGAAUUUACAGUGGCGAAAGAAUCAGAAAAUGGAUUCGAUUCACUCCGAGGACUGGUCGGACAUGUGGAAUGACGAUAUUCGAUAUUACGUCGAGGGAAAGGACAAGUUAGGGCGCCCAUACGCCUUAAUCGAAGUGAAACAUCUCGACAUACGUAAGCUCAUCUUGAAAGGAAAGGGUGAAAGAUAUCUGCGUUACGUGGACAAAGGCGUUGAUGAGGCCUGCCAACUGGUGCACGAAUUGGCCCAACGGUACGGAAAUAUCUCGCGUGGAAACCUCCUCUUGAAUUUGGAUGGACUCAACGUUGUCCAACAUACCUGCGCCCGAUGCAUGCCAUACUUGAUAAGGGCACUUAUCUCAUUCCUCGACCAUCAUCCGGAAUGCUUGGAUAAAACAAUUGCAGUUAAUGCACCUGCGACGAUCGAGCAAUACGUUAAACUGGCAGUGUCCCUCGUUCCUAAGGAAAUCAGUGACCACUUUCUCAUCUACGGAACAAACAGGAAUGUGUGGAAGCCCGAGUUAUUGAAAUACUUUGACCUCGACCAGUUGCCAAGGUCACUCGGAGGGACGAAGAUAUUUGAGGGGAUGGAGGACUAGAAAAUAUCACAAUUUUAUAAGGUGUAUUUUUUUAAAAGAUUGUGAUUUUACGUAUACAUGUACAUAUGUAUAUGGUCGCAAAACAUGAAGCAAACGGGAAAGCACUUGUUACAUACAUGUCAAUUUGCAGAAAAUUUGAUCUAGGUGUUUAUAUUUUUUUCCUAGUUGUGAAUGUCACAAGGUAGACUUAUGUGUUUUAUCCACUUAAGUAUUUAAUUUAUAAAUUGGUUUUAUACACGACGUAUAUGUAAAUAAUUUAAAACCUGUGCCAAUAUAGAUAUGCAUCUAAUUGGAAAAAUAUACUAUUUAAUAUAUUCAAA